AAUUGGAGAUGCGAAAAAUUUUCUCUGAAGUUUAUCCAAACUUCAAGUUGAGAGGUCGAAAAUGUCUUGUAGCUACGCUGCUUCUCUCUCAUUCUGCUCUCUCUCAGUUAUUCCCAAAUCAACCUGCGCUGUUCGUUCAAGAUCGAAGUUCAGUAUCCAAUGUGCUGUUGGAGGGACUGUUACGGAGCCAAAAAUUACUACUGCUGCUGCUGAACCUCUCUUGCUAAAUGCUGUCCAAGGGCGGGAAGUUGAAAGACCACCAGUAUGGCUUAUGAGGCAAGCAGGGCGGUACAUGAAGAGCUAUCAAAUCCUAUGUGAGAAGUAUCCUUCGUUUCGUGAGAGAUCAGAAAAUGUUGAUCUUGUUGUUGAAAUCUCUCUACAACCAUGGAAAGUUUUUAGGCCUGAUGGGGUCAUUUUAUUUUCAGACAUUCUUACCCCUCUACCUGGGAUGAAUAUACCAUUUGACAUUGUAAAAGGAAAGGGCCCCAUCGUGUUUGAUCCUCUUGGAACAGCAGCUGAUGUUGAUCAAGUGCGAGAAUUUAUUCCAGAGGAAUCAGUUCCAUUCGUUGGGGAAGCAUUGACAAUCUUGCGUAAGGAGGUAAGUAAUGAAGCAGCGGUGCUGGGUUUUGUGGGGGCUCCAUUCACUCUUGCAUCCUAUGUGGUUGAAGGUGGUUCAUCGAAACACUUCACAAAAAUAAAGAGACUGGCUUUCUCUCAACCCAAGGUCCUCCAUGCAUUAUUGCAGAAAUUUACAGCUUCUAUGGUAAAUUAUAUCCAGUAUCAAGCGGACAAGGGAGCACAAGCUGUGCAAAUAUUUGAUUCAUGGGCCACUGAGCUCAGUCCAGUAGAUUUUGAGGAGUUCAGUCUACCAUAUUUGAAACAGAUUGUGGAUUCCGUGAAACAAACCCAUCCAGAUCUACCUUUAAUCCUUUAUGCAAGCGGAUCCGGGGGCUUGCUUGAGAGGUUAUCGUUAACAGGUGUUGAUGUUGUCAGCUUGGAUUGGACAGUAGAUAUGGCGGAUGGUAGGAGACGUUUGGGACCUGAUGUGGCAGUUCAGGGCAAUGUGGACCCUGGUGUUCUUUUUGGUUCGAAAGAAUUCAUCACCGAUAGGAUAAAUGACACCGUGAGAAAAGCAGGCAAGAGUAAACAUAUUUUGAAUCUCGGCCAUGGGAUUAAAGUAGGGACACCUGAAGAGAAUGUUGCUCACUUCUUUGAGGUUGCCAAGGGGAUCAGAUAUUAGAACAUAUCCGAUAGGUGAUGUGAUGUUUACUUCUGAUUUUUCUGUAUCUUUAGUUUUUUUGAAAUGAAAUAAGUUUUUUUUUUCCCAUUUCCAAAGUUAUGUUUUAUCUC